AUGGAUGCAGUAGAAAAAGAAAUCACUUUACAAGAUAAUAUUGAAAACCCUGAAUUUAAAGCAUUAUUUAGUUUUAUUUUUCCACAUCUAAAAUUACCUGACCAAAAAAUGCUUAGUAAUUAUAUUUUAAUAAGUGCAACAAAUGAAGUUCAAACAACAAUUAAAGAGCUUGCCUGCCAGGAUAAAAUCGGAAUCACAAUUGCCUUUGAUGGCUGGCGUAAUGUUGUGAAUCAAGAAUUAAUGGACAUAGUUUUUAUUACAUCUUCAGGAGAAACUUUAAUCUGGAGAGCAGAUGAUAUUAAUAUUGAGAGACAACGGCAGGAAGAAGUAAUUGCUCGAAUUCAUAUGCUUUUUGAAGAGACAAAAGAAUUAAAUAUUAGAGCUAACAGAUUCAGCUAG